AAUGACUCAAGUUGUUGGAACAUAUGGCGUAGAUUCGGCAGGUCACAGGAGAAAUGUCAUACAGACGCCGCUGUAAAUUUUAAAGGACAUUUACCUUGUUUGAGCAUCACCACAAUGAAUUUAGGACCAAAAAACCCAUAUGGUAAUGGCUUAGCGUACGCUGGGUUCAACCAAGACCAAGGGUGUUUUGCUUGUGGAAUGGACACAGGCUUUAGAGUUUACAAUUGUGAUCCAUUGAAAGAGAAGGAAAGGCAAGAUUUCUCAGAUGGAGGCAUCGGUUAUGUGGAAAUGCUGUUUAGGUGUAACUAUUUGGCCCUUGUUGGCGGGGGCUCACAUCCCAAAUAUCCAACAAACAAAGUUAUGGUUUGGGAUGAUCUGAAAAAGAAGCACGUCAUUGAGUUAGAGUUUGCCUCUGAAGUUCGUGGUGUCAGAUUACGGCGUGAUCGUAUAGUCGUCAUCUUAGACACCAUGAUCAAGGUUUACACGUUUACAUCUAACCCUCAGCAGCUUCAUGUAUUUGACACAGCAAGUAACCCUAAAGGGUUGUGUGUGCUAUGCCCCAAUAGUAACAAUUCACUACUAGCCUUCCCUGGGCCCCGUGCUGGUCAUGUACUCAUCAUUGAUCUUGCUGACACGGAAAAAUCUCCACAGGAUAUUCUUGCUCAUGACUCAACUCUUAGUUGUAUAGCUCUCAACCUCCCAGGAACAAGAUUGGCAACAGCCUCAGAAAAAGGAACAUUGAUCAGAAUCUUCGACACUGCUACAGGCACCCAGUUGAAUGAACUCCGUAGAGGGGCCAAUGCAGCAACUAUAUAUUGCAUCAACUUCAGUCAAGAUUCCUCACUACUGUGUGUCUCCAGUGAUCACGGAACUGUGCAUGUAUUUGCUACUGAAGACGAAGACAAGAAAAACAAACAGUCAAGCCUUGCAUCAGCAUCUUUCCUACCAAAAUACUUCAGUAGCAAGUGGAGUUUCUGUAAGUUUGAAGUACCAGGUGGAUCUCAGUGUAUAUGUGCCUUUGGUCCUACUAGCAACUGUGUCAUAGCAAUAUGUGCAGAUGGUAGCUACUACAAGUUCAGCUUCAGUGGUAAAGGUGAGUGUAACAGGGAAGUGUAUGCACACUUUCUGGAAAUGACAGAUGACAAAGCAUAGUGCAUACCACAGUAUUGAACAUAACUCACCAUGCUAUUACAAGCUGCUCUCAAUGGUUCUUUAAAUUGUGUAAGCAGUCAUAAUGUUUGAGGUUGUUGGAUUUGGCUGUAGCCAUUUGGUGCGCUGGUUGAUGUGAUAGUCCACUGUUAAAUAAUUUAUACAACCUGUCCCUCAUUCCAUUUUUGGAAGAUGCUGUUUCUUCUCUGUAAAUAUUUACCUGAAUUACUGUAUUGCUAACCACAUUUUGAAUUUAUAAUUCAUUUCUAUUAGUCUGUACUUAUGAAUUUAUUAAUUCUGAUUUAUAUGAACCUUUAAAAUAUAAUUAUAAAUCUUUUGUACUAGAAAAUUUAACUAUUUACUUCAAUGCCUUAAAAGUUUUUCCCUAGAUUUUAAGCCAGUGACUGAAAAACAAAUUUUUAUUUUAUAUAAAUAUCUUUUGUAUGUAAACUGUGAGAUAUUUGGAAGUUCUUUACAUAAUAUCCAUCCAGUUUGUGAAACAAAAAUGCAGAAUGUCACAAGUUAGACUUUUAAGAUUUUUUUCAUUUACAAUUUUUUUUUUCCACUGUAUAUAUAUAUAUAUUGUAGAACAGUGUCCUAGUUAAAUUGUUAUUAAUGUGAUCAAAUACUGGAUUCUUGACUUAGAAAGCUUCUUGAUCUGUUAAUUUAAUUUACUGUCAUUUUAACUUUAAUGAAUUUUGGUAAUAGUACCAAAGAAAUGGGAAAUGACCAGAAAUUUUUAAACUAGAUUCAUCAGGAAAAUAAUUUAAUAUUCUUUAUUUGAAAUUCCUGGUUUUAAUACAUUACAUGUAAUUUUCUUUUUGAUAACUGGUUGAAUAUAAUUUACUAAAAAAUUAGACUGAAUUUAGUGAGAAUUAUUGAACAAAGAAAAUGCUUUUAUUAUUAUUAUUUUAUAUUACGAUCAUAUUUUCACCUGUUAAAAUUAAUAUCAAUUGAAGUUCUCAUUUUAUUAAUAUGCAUUUGAUAUUGUUGUCUCUAGCAUAUGAUACAGAAAGGCUAUUUGGCUAGUUAUUGCUCUAAUUUGUUGGAGGUGUGUCAUUUAUGAGGUGCAACUUUCAUUAAAUUUUGACAUUGAUGUUGGCAUGUUUCAGUUUCUCUGAAGACUAAAACAAUUUGUAAAAACACAUGAGAGGGGGGAAACAUUUGGAAAAUUGACUGCAAAAAUCAGUUUUCAAAGCACAUGAUAAAAUACAAGUUCAGGAGAAACACUGAUUACUUGAGGCACCUGAUACACAUGUGAUGCUCCAGGUGAAGCUCUGCUUGUUGGAAGGCAUGUUUGAUAUUAGUGAAGCUUCCAGAUUGUUAUUUUGAUGUUGAUGUCACCACCCAUUCUGCUAUGAACAUAAAUAUUUUGCUAUUUGGUAGAAUUGCUGAUCUUUUUUUUUUUGUCCUUCUGUCCCUUAAACAAACAAGAUGGCUGGUAAGCCUUACAAAUUUCUGCUGAUAUUUAAUAGUUGCUUUAACAUUGAGGAUGGCUGUUUUUAGACUGAACAAUAUUUAUAACCAUUAAUAUGUAACUAAAAAAAUUAUAUAAAAAUUGCAUUAGAUGGGUGUAAAAACUGCCAGCUGCCUCAUCAGUUUGAACAAAAUCAGGAAAUUCUUUAUCAACACAUUGAAAUCUCUGAUAUGUUACUUAUAGCAGCUGAAUCUAGGUCUAGUGAGACAAUGAUAACAUCCAGUAGCAUUUCUGUAUUGUGUGUCUGGCACAACAUAACCUCUGCUUCAUUAUUUUAAAAGUCUUUCAUACCGUCACUAAACAAAAAUACAUUUGUAUGAAGAGUUGGCUGUACCUAAAUGAAUGUCACAGUGCUGGAUGACCCAUACGGGUUUAGCGCAUAUUUUUUAAUAUAAUAAUAAUGUAUGUAAAUGAUGUUUGUUGCUGUCUUUACUUUAUCCCAUUGUAAUGUCAUUUUUCACUAGAAAAUUUAAUCGGUAUAAAUUUUCAAAAAGUUGAACAGUUGGUAAGGUAUAUAGGGUAUGUUUAGCAUUAAUUAAAUGUCUUAAUAAAUGUACCUAGAAUAAGCUGAAAAGUUUUCUCAGAAUUGAGUUUAUGGCAGCAUUUCUUUCCCUUCAGGACACCUCAGUAAAACUGAGGAAAAAUUUUAAUUAUAAAUAGACAUAUAUUUUUGUUACAUUUAAAAGGAUAUUAAAAAAUCUAUUUCUAAUAUAAAAAGUAAGGGAGAAAGAAAGAAGUGUACUUUCCUAUGUACUCACUCAACUAGCUUGCUCUGCAACCUCUCAAAGUAAAAUCUUGGUUUGGAAGAAAGAUUUUGUUUUGAAAGUAGAAUAUUACUGAUUUACUCUGUUGUGCAAGAGCAGUGUAUUUCACUGUUUAUGAUGUGUAUAGAUAAUUAAACUGGUCUUCAGCAUCAAGAAUUUGGUAAAGUACUGAAAUGUUUGGACUCAGAUUCCAGUUGCUCACACAAGUGCUUCCUGCUUAAAUAACUCAUUAAUUUAAUCUUUAAAAUCAUUGAUAUAUGUUUCACCCUUGCAAUAUUGAGCUCAAUAUAAAUUAACUUGUCUUGAAAUUCCAAAGACUUUAAAUUCUUCAGUGUAUGAACUUCUUACAAUAUACUCUAUAUACAGCCA